ACUCACUACUCAUCACAAGAUCUGCACUCUACUCAAGAAUCUAACUACUCAUUUUCCUCCUUCACAUUUACUCUUUGGCUUAUAAAGAUGAUCAGUACCAAGAAGCUACUAAAGUGGGCAAGGAAGUGGCAGAAGUUGGCGUCAAGUAGGCAAAAAAGUAUUACAUUUCCAAGCACCAUUGGAAGUACAGAUACAAGCAGUUGCAGCACAUCAUCAAUAGCUGAAAAGGGUCAUUUUGUAGUGUACUCUGCGGAUAAGCAGCGAUUUUUGCUUCCCUUAGAAUACCUUAACAAUGAAAAUAUCAGGGGGCUACUUGACAUUGCAGAAGAUGAGUUUGGAUUGCCUAGCAAUGGACCUCUUACGUUACCAUGUGAGGCACAACUUAUGGAGUAUGCACUUUCUUUGAUCAAACAGCAAGUUGCUAGAGAUGUAGAGAGAGCAUUGUUGACUUCCAUAGUUAACAGUUGUUAUACUUUACCUUUCCAUCUCCAUCUCCAACAUCAAGUAACAAGGCAUCAAUUACCAAUUUCUAGUUUCUGAAGAUUUAUAACUUGAUUUGUAAACUACAGAUGCUAGUGUACAUUGAUAAAAUUGAUGCAUUUUAUAUCAAGGAUCUUAAAAAGUUUUCUCUAUCGA